AUGUCUGGACCUUCUAGUUCUAGUAGUCUCGUUUCUGUCGAUGUAACCGCUGAUGGCAAAUUACGUCUUUUUCAGAUGCUUCAUAGCCUCGGGAAAUCAGAUGACUUGAAAGAAUCUACAAAUAAAAUUAUCAAUCAUCUGGACCAAAUUGACUUUUCUUGUCGUAAUCAACAACAAAUUUCUCAGGAAAUUGUUUGUCUUAUGAAUAAAAAUUGGGAGAAAAUGGAGGCGAUUAAAAAACAAUUUGUCAAAUUUAAAGGAAUUAAAAAUGAUUUAAAUUUUGAUUCUAUUGCUGAAGGAAUUAAAGAAAAGCCAACUCUUGAAGAGACCACAGAAAAUCUAGAAAUUUUACAAUACGGAUUAGAAGAGACUUAUUCCAAGCAGAAAACAUUGGAACAGAAGUUUAUUGAGAAGAGAGAAGGUUUGUGUUCAAUAGCUGCUCUUCUUGAUGAGUUGGAAGAUUUAAAUACAGAAGAAACAGAUCAGGAAGAGGCAAAUAAAGAAGGAACAAAGCCAAAAGUCGUGGAGCUUAACGAUUCACUGGUAUCUAAAGAUAACGAAGUCGCCACGGUCAAUGAAAUUUCUAAUAAACGUAAACGGAAAAGAGAUUCAGAAAAAAUGAGGCAUUGGCGAAGGAGUAUGAAACAAAAAAGUAAAUUAGAACUUGUUGAACUUAUUCAACAACAACAAAUGUUUAUUGAUUCUGACAAUAUUGCCAACACUGAUUUAAAAUAUAUUCUUUCAAAAAAUAUUUUACACAAAUUUAUUUUCAUUUCCGAAAUGCAAGUAGAGGUUACUGGACAUAUUUAUGGAAUUUCUUCUACAUACGACCCCGGCAUUAAAGAAAUUUGUUGUAUUUUUAUUCCAAACAAAUGGGCGAUUUAUCAAUUUGGUGUAUACGGUUUUGACGAAAUAUCUCAACAUCAAUUUAAAAAUUAUGAAUUUUUUGGAUGGUAAUU